AACCUUCCCCUUCUGCGGCGAUGACGUCGCGGUUCAGAGGCGAAGUGAACCACGACCCCACAAUUACUGCCUGCGGCUAGGCUCCCGCUUGCGCGAUAGCAGACGCGACACAGCGCAACCGUCACCAAAUCUCAUCUCCAUUUAGACACCACUUUUGAUGAGAGCCCAGACUAUCAGACUAUACUAGAAACCCUUAACCCUUUGCGGCCGAAGUCUGCCCUCGUGGGUAGUCUUCGCAAAGGGCAGAUGCAUGAACAAUCUCCUGUUUGAGAGGUUGGUUGGAGAUGUCGACCGAAGGACAUUCGCGAGGCUUCACACAAUCAGGCUAUUACACUCCUUUCGCGCCGCGCCCCAUCAUCGUUUCGAUGGCGGCGAACAAAGCGCCACUCUGUAUGCCAGCGGCGCUGCUGGGCCAUCCCGGCUCGCCGACGAGGAUGAACGCCGCUCCAUCUGGGCCCACAAGUCGGGUGUGAACGCCCUAGCUUUAGAGCGCUUCGACGGCCGCGUCCUGGCCUCGGGCGGCUCUGACGGCACCAUCCGCCUCUGGGACCUGGAGCAGUGUCGAAACCCCCACAGACCGCACACUUACCGCCCGACGGCCCAGAUCGCCCGGGAGACCGGCGCCGGCCAGCUCGGCCGCUCGGCGGUCGGCGCCGACAGGGACGCACACAGGCACCAGCACCACCGCUUCGGCGUUACGCACCUGUCCUUCUUCCCGUUCGACGCCGACGCCUUCCUAUCGUCGUCGUACGACCAGACCCUCAAGGUCUGGGCCACGGAGCCGGCCCAGCUCUCGGGCUCGUUCGACCUCGGCGCAAAGGUGUACACCCACGCGACGUCGCCCAUCGCCUCGCACCUCCUCGUCGCCUGCGCUACGCAGCACCCGGCCGUGCGCCUCGUCGACCUACGCUCCGGUGCCGCCGUCCAGAGCCUCAUGGCCGCGGGCCAGAUCGGCGCGGCUGCGGGCGCCGUGCUCUCGGCCGCCUGGUCGCCCGCGCGCGAGCACGUGCUAGCCAGCGGCGCCGCCGACGGCACUAUCCGCGUCUGGGAUGUGCGCCGCGCCAACGCCCUCGUCGCCCUGCUAGACCACGAGGACGGCCUGGGUAUCCUGCGGCGCGCCGGCGGCGGCGGCCGCGUCGCCUCUGCCCCGGACGCGACGUUGUCGUCGCGCGGCAUCCGCGCCUCGGCCAAGGCGCACGCGGGCCCCGUCAACGGUCUGGCCUGGACUGACGACGGCGACUUCGUCGUGAGCGCGGGCCACGACCGGCGCGUGCGCGUUUGGGAUGCUACGACCGGCGCAAACACGCUCGUCAACUUCGGGCCGUCGAUCCGCAACGGCGGGCUGAUGAGCGUCGACAUGUUCGUGUCGCCGACGGGCCUGGCCGGUCCGGGGCCCGGGUCGGGCCCCUCGAGGCGCGACGUUCUGUUUUGGCCAAACGGCAGCGAGGUGUUGGCGCUCGACCUCCACGAGGGCACCAUCAUCCGGCGACUGAGGGUGGCUGGCGGCGGCGCCAGCGCGCAGCAGCAGCAGGCCGCCAAGAACCGCGUCACCAGCUUGGCGUGGAGGGGUGCGGGGGGGUUUGGGUCGUCGUCCGGGCAUGUGGUCGGGGGCCGUAACGCGGCCGGCGGUGUGUACUCUGGACACUCCGACGGCCAGAUCCGGGUUUGGGCGCCCGAACUUGAGGGUCCUGAGGGGGACGAGUUUGGGGUCCCCGAGGAGUCUGAGGAGGCCGCUGUGGAGCGGACGAGGAAGAGGAAGGCUCUUGAUAACGUUUAUAAAACCCUGAUGGGACAGAAUGUUAGGUUUCAGUAAAUCAGUUGUUGUGAUAUAUAAUCAAAAUUGGCUCGAUGCAUGAGCGUAUUUGAUUUUCCAGCUUGUCGCUUUGGCAUUUUUUAUGCCAUGAUAUUUACUGCAUUUUGACGUUCAUAUCGAGAG